UGGUAACUUAACGUACCGAAAUCAAACCGGCUUCCGGUUGCUCAUGCGCAAAGGUGCGGCCACGUAUUUUGGUCCAGCACGAUAAAAAUAUUGUCAAAAAAUCGUAUAAAUCAUGCCUUUGAGAUUAGAUAUCAAACGGAAGUUGUCUGCACGAUCUGAUCGUGUGAAGACAGUCGAUCUCCAUCCAACAGAGCCAUGGAUGCUGGCUAGUUUAUAUAACGGAAAUGUCCAUAUAUGGAAUUUUGAAUCACAGCAACUGAUCAAAUCAUUUGAAGUAUGUGAUCUGCCAGUUAGAACAGCUCGGUUUGUGCCAAGGAAAAACUGGGUCAUCACAGGUUCUGAUGACAUGCAUGUAAGAGUUUAUAAUUACAACACGUUAGAGAGGGUGCAUCAGUUUGAAGCUCAUAGUGACUAUAUCCGAGCCAUAGCAGUCCACCCGACACAGCCUUUCUUCUUAACCAGUAGUGAUGACAUGUUGAUCAAGCUUUGGGACUGGGAGAAAAAAUGGACAUGUACACAAGUUUUUGAAGGGCAUACACACUAUGUGAUGCAGAUUGUUAUAAACCCAAAAGACAACAACACAUUUGCUAGUGCGUCACUGGACAGAACUGUCAAG